UCAGAGCUGUCAGUAUCCACACAUGGAGCUGCGGAUCAUUUCAGCAUCGCUGGCCGCUUAUCUGCGCUCAGUAUCGCAGUUUGCCCGAAGCUACAGCGUCCGUCUCCGCGUUAAAACCAGUCGGUCCGCUUUUUUUAUACAUCUUUCGUUCUCGGGGAUAAUCGCUUCCAGUUACAAAGCAAGUUCAUUUGCCAUCCUUCGAUAUUUUUCCCCCUCCCCCGUUGAUUUUUUUUUUAAUUUUCCCCCCCGGAAUACAAGGUUGUGCUUCUGUUGAAACGAAUGGAGAAAAUGUCUAGACCUCUCCCAAUAAACCCAACUUUCCUACCUCCAACUCAUGGCGUGCUGAAAUCUCUUCUGGAAAAUCCCAUGAAACUGCCUCUUCACCACGAAGAAGGUUUCGCAAAAGAAAAGGAGAAGGAAAAGAAGUUGGAUGAGGAUGGGAAUGCUCCACAGUCGGCUUUCUUGGGGCCUACUCUGUGGGACAAGACACUUCCUUAUGAUGGAGACAGCUUUCAGUUGGAAUACAUGGACCUUGAGGAGUUUCUCUCUGAAAAUGGCAUCCCCUCCAGUCCAUCGCAGCACGAGCAGAAUCAGCACCAGCAGUCGGCCCUGCAGCAGCAGGCGCCUCCGCCACCGGUGCCGUCGGUGAUCGACCUCAGCAGCCGCGCUACCGCCUGCAUUCACACAGCCAUGGUCCCCCAGACCUGCAUCCACAGUCCCGGUCGAUCAGCCCUGCCCUCCUCUCGCAACACUCCCAGUCCUAUUGACCCGGAGACCAUCCAAGUUCCGGUGGGAUAUGAGCCUGAUCCAGCCGACUUAGCCCUGUCCAGCGUCCCUGGCCAGGAGAUGUUUGACCCACGCAAACGCAAGUUCUCAGAGGAGGAGCUCAAGCCCCAGCCAAUGAUUAAAAAAGCACGCAAGGUCUUCAUCCCUGAUGAAAUGAAGCAGGACGACAAAUACUGGGCAAGGCGUAGAAAGAACAACAUGGCAGCCAAAAGGUCACGGGACGCCCGGCGGCUGAAGGAGAACCAGAUUGCCAUCCGGGCCAGCUUCCUGGAAAAGGAGAACUCCGCCCUGCGCCAGGAGGUGGCAGACUUGCGGAAGGAGCUUGGCCGCUGCAAAAACGUUCUAGCCAAAUACGAAGCUCAACACGGGCCCCUGUAAGAACCCUCACCCCUUACACCCACGCCACACCCUGUUCCUCCACCAAUGACACCAUGCCUCCAUCCCCCCAUUCCCUGCUCGCUCAAACGUUUUGAAGGACAAUGUUUCCCAUUCAGUAGCACCCCCCCCCCCCCCCCCCACCUGACUUAAGGUCACCACUGACACCCACUUUUAUUUCAGUCAUCAGCACUUUACCAGAAGUAGAAAAGAUAUAUAUCUUCUAUAUAUAUAUAUAUAGGCAUAUAUAUAUAUAUAUAUAGGUAUAUUUUGUACCCUAUACAUGUAGGGUAUAUACACAUUGAAAAUAAUACCUGAGAAAAAGAUAUAUAUGAAACGCUUAUUUUUCCCUUUUUUGGCUGUGUCUACUGCCUGUUUUGAACUCAAGAUGCCCUCCUGUUUCCAUUUCCCCAAAAUGCUUCUGAAAAUGUUCAUUCUCAUCUUCUUUCUAACGAUUCUGUAGAUUUUUCCAGGGCCGAGAACUGUUGUAGCAUUUUAAUUUUUCCUUUUUAUUUUAAUUCUUGGUUUUAGAUUGCUGAUUCAUAAGCGAUUGUCCUGUCCACUUCCUUGUGCUCUUUAUUUUCGGUUGUAAUUAAUUGGAACAGUUUAGCUGUUUUAAAGAACUGUUUUGUCUGAUCCAUAAGCAUUAAUGUACAUUGUCUCUGUGAAUGUAUGUAACAUGGUUUUUUCAAAUAUUAUAAAUGCAAAUGUUUCUUUUCUCGGUAACUACAGUAUAUUAUUUUGAGAUGUUUAAUGUUGCUGUCAAUAUAAUUAUAUUUUAGUUGAUGGUGAUCAUUUAUCUAUUGUCUGCAUUGCUUUGCAAGUGCUAUGUGAUACAGUACCACUAGCUACAUAACAUCCCAAAAUUUGCUUUUUUUUUGUUACUUCAGACUAGAGGAUGUGCUUUUAAACUGCCUCACAACUAGGUCAUGGGGUUACUUUGAAGUGGAACAUCUAGUGUUUUCUGGCAUUUUCAAAACCUGACGCAAUAAUGCUAUUUACAAAGAAAUCCUGUCUGGUUGUGAGUUUUAGAUGUGAAUACAACAACUCCCAUUUUCCUCUCCAUCGCAACUUUAUUUCCUUUUGGAAAGCCGUGAACAGCCCCCCCCCCCCCCCCCACCUUUCUUUUAGGAUCAUGCUUAAAGGUUAACAUGGUGUUUCUAACCAGGUUUGACAAUCUUUGCAUUGUAUUUCAGUUGAGUCAGAAUACAGGAACCUUUCCCCAGCAGUCCUUUAUACUUGUGUGUUUUACAACCUGAUCUGGUGCAGUGUUUCUACUGUGUUUCAAUCUUAUCUGCCUGAUUUUUAUGAGCGUUUUGCAUUAAAUUUCAGUCUUAUUAUUGUUGUUAAAAUAAACCAUUUAGCAUGAUUUCUGUUUAUGUUCACAGAUCUCCAGUGAAGCAAAAUCAUUUUGAUAACCAGUUGAGAUUUUUCCUGAGCAUGAUUAACUUUUUUUGUCAAAAUUUGGACAAUUUUGUAGCUAUGUGUUUACUUUAUUCUAGACUGGCUGUAAGAUGAAUGUAAAAGAUGUAUAAAAAUAAGGUUGACGGUGUUGUCAUAUACUGUGGUUAACCCAAUCAAUUUAUUAUUAAUGUUUACUAUACACCAAAAGACACAAAUAUAUAUUGACUAAAAGUUUAAAUGUUUAUAUGAAGUUAUUCUAUAAGCUGUUUUGUACAGUAUUUUGCUAUACAAAUACUAACUAUGUAUUUUACAAGGCACAAUAAAACAAUAAGACUAUUCUUAAUCUGUAAUGUAAACUCACAGAUACAUGCACAAAGAGGGGGCUGCUUGUUGUUAAGUAAAAUCAUACAUUACUGUUAUUUGUGAAUAGUGCCCCAGCAGUUUGCAGGGCCUCUGAGUGGGCAUUAUUGUGAAUAAUUUUCUUUUUUGUAUAAUAUGGUUAAAGACACUAUUUUAAAAAGGUUUUGUUGCCUCCCUGACCCAUACUCCUGUUGACAUUUUCUAGAAAUAUCAUUCUGGAAAUCCCAGUCUCAGUGAUAGAAAGUCUUAUAUAAAACUGGGAGUGUAAAUGUAUAGAGAGACGAAGAGAAUUGAUUUUUCCUGCAGUUUUGGGGGUGAGGGCCACAGAUGUCUGUGAAUGGGUGCUGCCUUACGCUUUGUCCACUGAAAGGUGACAAACAUUUUCCAAGUUGUUCCUUUGUGCAACUGCCGGCUGUUAUUGGUUUUGGAUUCGUUUGCGCUCUUUGACGCGGAAGUAGAAAUUCUGCCCGCAGCCUUUUUCCUUUCCAUUUUUUGAAAUAUUGUAUGUUAUAGGUGGCACUCACACUUUUACGGUUCAGGUAAAGGCAUAAAAGGCUUGUUCUGAUAAUGCUGUAAACGACAUUGAAUUCUACUUAUAACUUGGGUUAUGAACUUGGCAAAGAAUGUAAGAAUGAUUAUUUCAUAAUACAUAAAGAAAUCUAUUUGGAGUUGGACGUGAUGGCAAUGGGGCUGCAUUCAAGUUUGAAAGCUUCAGAAUAUAACAAGGAUAUUGUAAAUACAUUUAUUGGCAAAACAGCUUAAAUGUCUAAAUGUUCCUUUGUGGGCUUAGAAUUAUUUGGCAGUUUUAUUCACUUUUUUGAUGGAAUUGAAUUUAUUGCUGUCACUUAGUUUCAGAUUUUUUUUUAAUGCUUGUAUGAGUCUAGCUGGAGUAUAUGAUGAAUAACUUUGCAUCUGAGAUUUGCAUCCAAAUGUGAAUGCCGCCUUUAAUGAGUUGUUCUCAUCAGUUCUGCAACUAGCAUUUAAUGAUCUUGUUUGGGUUAAGCUUUCAAGUUGUGUAUUUCUUGCAACCUAAUCAGCAGGAAGCCAUCCUCUGAAGGGGGAUCCAAGUGUCACUCUAUGAAGUGAAAAACAAACGAAAAGCAAACAUAGGAAUAAGCCAGAAUUAGUUAUAAUUGCCCCGCCCUAUAUUUAUAUCACUACCUCAUAUAAAGGAAAUAAUUACAAUUCUGAGUCUAUUCAAGUGCCUUGAAUACAUCAUAACUGUUCCUCAGUUGCUGAACAGUGUCUGAACAAGAACCUAACCACCAAUGCAAGCUUGAGUCUUCACAACACCACUUGGAAAGGCUCAGAACUGCACUGAAGGGCUGUCCAGUCCAUCAAUCUCCAAUUGAUUUGAUUUGUUCAUUAUCAUUAUUAUUAUUUUAUUUUGCUGUACAUGGAUGAUUACCAUUGUAUUUCUGGCAACACCAACAGGUUGUUUUACUGAGGGUACAUAAAUAUAGGUAAAGGACAAUUUUAUCUUGUAAGUCAUAGAAUGGAUGCAUAUACUGUUCAGCCCGAACCCUGUGUUUCUGUAUGUAAUUCUUAGUGUUUAAUAAAGUCUUUAAUAUUUCUUCUCUCA